CUGUGCCUUGUUGCCAUAGCAACUGAAACUCUACCGCCGGAAUAACGAUGGCUAGCGAAAACAUCUCGGAGUUUUACGCUGCUGUCUGCGCAGAACAUGGGAUUAAAUUAAAUCCUCACAUUGUAGACGUGUUGGAGAAGACGGCAGUAACGGAAAAUGUCACUUUAAAACUGGCAGGAAACAACCGACUGAGACGCGUACAGCGACUUGAUGACAAAGACGUCCUCGCUCUCUCAAAAUGUCUGAGAAACAACACACGUGUGACAGCAGGUCUUGAUGUCAGGUACAACAACAUAACAGAUGACGGGGCUGGACAUCUGGCUGACCUCUUACAGGAGGACAGCUCAGCUUUGCUCUCUCUGAACCUGAUGUUCAACAACAUCCAGACAAAUGGAGCUGACGUUCUCGCCAAGAGUCUGCAGUAUAACAGCACCUUGCUCUCUCUCGGACUGUCAGGGAAUAAGAUUGAGAACAGAGGAGCCAUGCACCUGGCCAGCAUGCUGCAGGUGAACAACACCCUGAAGGAGCUGCAGCUGGCUGACUGCGACCUGGCCACUCAGAGUGUGAUAGCGUUCGCCAUCAUGUUGAAGAGCAACAGCAGUCUUCACUCUGUAGACAUCAGCCGGCCGCUGCUCUUCAGCCACCAGGAGGAGUGGGCGGUGCACUUCUCUGAGAUGCUGGUGCUGAACAGCAGCCUGGUGGAGCUCCACCUGGGGAAGAUGGGGAUGACCGACACCGGGAUGGAGAGGCUGACUGAAGGCCUGCUGCUCAACCACAGCCUGCGCUACCUGGACCUGCGCUGUAACCGUGUGACUCGUGACGGCUUGAGUCUUCUCGCCAAGGUGCUGAAGCACAACCCGACCCUGGAGGUCAUUGAUCUGUCGUCCAAUCGGAUUGAAGAUGAAGGUGCUGUGUACCUGAGCGAGGCUGUGGCCUGGCCAGGCUGCGUCCUGAGAGAGCUGUCUGUCAGCAGUAACAACAUCAGGACGGAGGGUCUGCUGUCUCUGGCUCAGGCCAUGAAAGUUAACAAAACUCUGAGCCACAUCUACAUCUGGGGAAACCACCUGGAAGAGCCCGUCUGUCAGGCCUUCGGAGAGCUGAUGACCAGCGGCCGUCUGCCUCCAGAGCAGACAGACGUCAGCGCCUACGAGGUGGACGGUCAGGUGUUUCUCGCUGAGCUCACCCACAGUUUGAGGAGACACUAUUACAGUACAGACAGCGACGGUACAGACACAUCCAACCAUCGCUAACACUGCAGCAGACCACGCUGCCAGCCACGACUCCACCUCUCCUCCACACAUGCAGAGUCAGCAGCUUGUUCCCAUGCAGCCCUGCUAGACUCUCAUCAACCUCCUUCAUCCUCCAUCCACCAGCAUCCCCAGACUGACACUCACAAACCAAUUACAACAUGUACACACGUCAAAAGAAGAAAAUAAAACACUUCAAAUGAGCUAAGAAGUCAUGACACUGAUGAAAUACAUUCUGUGAGAUUUUUUUUUAUUAAAGGUGCAUCCAAAACA